AUGUCUGAGAUGAAUGCCAUCGUUGUGGAGAAGUAUGGUGGUAUUGAGAAUCUCGUGCACAAACUAGUGCCGAAACCAACAAAGUUGGAGGAGUAUGAUAUACUUGUGCAGGUGAAAGCUGCCAGCGUUAACCCGAUCGAUAUGAAAGUACGUGCCGGUGUAUAUGACGACUACGCAGACUAUUAUGAUCAUGUGCCUAAGCCCAAGCCAGGCGAAGGAGGCUACCAAAUCAUUGGCUUUGAUGGAGCCGGUGUGGUUGAGCAAGUUGGCUCAAAUGUCAGGGGGUUUGCAUCUGGAGAUGAGAUAUACUACUCGGGCUCACCCAUCAGACAAGGCUCAAACGCAGAGUAUCAGCUAGUCGACUCCCGCGCGGUUGCAAAGAAGCCUAAGAACCUCGACUUCAUCCAAUCCGCAGCACUGCCUUUGACCUGGAUCACAGCAUACGAAGCCCUAGUCGAGCGGAUGGAGAUUAAGAAAGGCGAAAAAGCAGGUAUCUUGAUCAUCAAUGGUUCAGGCGGUGUUGGAUCGGUUGCAAGCCAAAUUGCCAGGACAGUCCUCGAUUUGCCUGUCGUGGUUACCACAACCUCUCGACCUGAGACUACCGAAUUCUCGAAAUCGAUGGGGGCCACACACACUGUAAACCAUCGCGAAGACCUACCCUCCCAAAUCGAAAAACUGGAGCUGAAGGUACCUAUCAAGUACAUCUUCAUCACACACUCCACGACUCCGUAUAUGGAACCCGCAGCCAAGAUCUGCGCACCGUUUGGAAAAGUUUGCUCGAUCGUUCAAGCCAAGGACAUCCAGAUGUAUGGCACUGAAUUUAUGGCGAAGUCAUUGUCUUUCAUCUGGGAGCUGCUUGGUACGAAGCCGUGGUACAAGAUCGACCUGGAAAGCCAUGGCAAGAUACUCGAGGAGCUCAGACAGUUGAUUGAGGAUGGUAAGGUCAAAACACACCUGCAACAGAGCUUUCGAUUGGAUCUGAAGGGCUUGAGGAAGGCGCACGAAGCCAUCGAGAGUGGAGGCUCCAUGGGUAAGAACGCCUUGAGUGUUGACUUUGGUGAAGGAAGUGCCCCAUUUACUUAG